AUGUCCAUGUCGACUUCUAAGACUUCAUCGACGUGGGAUUUUGCCCCUGUUAUCAAUCUCCUCCACUCCUUGUCGACAGGCAACCAAUCCGCGACACCUGUUGAUCAGGUCGUUAGCGCCACCAUUCCUCCAGAACCUGAUAUCAACACUGUACGAGAUGGAUGCCAAAGACUGGGGGAUUUCGGACCUCUUUGGGAUUUACUUUCCGGAGGGGGCCCGCUUGGCGAUGACACGGCAGCAGGAGAUGCCAAUCUCAGCCAGGAGCAAUGCCUUGCUACUUCACAAAAUUUCAAAGAAGUAGAGGCCCUAACUGAAUCUACAGAAAAGACGGCUGAUAGACCAAAAAUCCAGAUACUACUUAAAAAGAAAAAGGAAGAAAAUGUCAGAAAUAACACCCGCAUCUGGCCCAGUGUUUUCCCACUUGCGGAGACUUCUGACGAUGAGGCCGGUGGCCCUCCGGCACCCAAGCGUCGCCAGCCUUUAUCGAUUUUACAAAAUCAUCAUAGAUCUGUCAUUAAUCAACCGAUCUCAGCCCUUCCUUCCCGAAUCAGUCCACCAUGUCAUAAAUCACCCUCUGUCAAACCUAGCAAGCGAAUCGAGCCUCUUCUCAAAUGCUCUCCUACCGAAAAGAGACUGGAUUUGAUUUCCAUGCUUAGUACUCGUUUUCCGAAGGAAAGAGAAAGUCUUGUUAAGCUUCAAACGCCCUCUGCCAAACCUCACAACCCGAAUUUUCAUCCAACGGGGAUUUCCGUGGGAUUUCACGACUGCAUUAAAAUCGCUCGAGCUAUCCCCAUCACCGUCCGGGUUCCUCGGGUCCCUCUAUCCUUCUACAACUUUUCUCUCAUUUUAGAACGAGGCCGAUCGAUCAGUAAAAGGGUCUUGGUCGGCUCUGACCGCUUUCCAGCCAUCGACGAGGCUGAAGAAAUCGGCUAUGAAAUAAAUAUUCUCGAACGAGUCCAGAAGUCGAAAGAUUGCACUCCGCGUAAGAAGAAAUUCUUGGGUGUCAAUGGAAAUGGUCGUUGCAAUGGUGCCACAGGAAACAAUGCCCAAGGCCAGUCCAGUGGCUCUGAAACGAACGCUGGCCCAGGUCUAGAGCGAUGGGUGGAACAGGGGGUAGACGAAAUUCUACACCUGAAGAUCCUAGAAAGCCUCGUCGAUUCUGAGGCGCCCUCCACCAUAGUACUCGCGACGGGUGAUGCAGCUGAAGCUGAAUACUCAGACGGGUUUUUGAAGAUGGUGGGGCGUGCGCUGCAGAAGGGUUGGGCUGUCGAACUUGUGAGUUUUAGUACUACCACCAGUCGCGCGUACAAGCGGAAGGAAUUCCGUUCCCAGUGGGGUUCGCAGUUUAGAGUCAUCAAGCUGGAUGAAUAUGUUGAACACCUUCUGGAUGCGUGA